AUGGAGCAAUCAAGUUUCCUAUUCUUGAAUACAACUGGGGCGUCGAGUCUUUCUCGGCCGGCCGCUAAACGGAUGAGGGCACAUAUCACGAAAACAAAUUUCGCGAAAAGACGCCAGCGGAUCAACAACUCUAUUUCACCCGAGUCAGAAAUAGAAAAAAAUACCGUCGCACGGGAAAACUUCCGACAGCUGUCGAUAAAUAACAAACAUUCCGCGGCCAACGAAAACAACCUAAACAUGAUUUUGCCACCCGUAUCCGAUGCCGCUCGUGACCCAAAAGCUUUACAUGAUCUACAGAGACUUGUUUUCCUGGAAGGCAUUCGCCCCCCAGUCAGCGCAAGUGAAGCGGCUUGGUUCAACCUGAUUGCAUCAGACCCAGCGUUGAUCGAAUCGACAAUGGCUAUAGCUGUGCGACUCUGGUCGCCAGAUGACUGCUGGCAAAUGGAAUCCUACCAGCAUUCAUGUACAGCUAUUAAUCUCAUCAAGCGACGGAUAGCAUCUACAAUGACCUCGACGGAUGGCGUUCUCGGAGCAGUCACUACAAUGGCGUUCGGUGCUUCUCUAGAAAACGAUGAUGUUGCUUGGAACGUCCAUAUAGAUGGUCUGGCACAAAUUCUCAAAGAAAGGCAAUCCCGAAGCACAACCCCGCCACCAUCCUGGCUUACUGGUCUAGUUGUCCAUAUCGACAGGGAUUCCGUUAACGCUAUAUUUAACUUCCCACGAGUAUAUCACGAGCGCAUUCUCCAAAUCUUGAUCGAAUGCAGUGACCAAAGUAUCACAAGAAUAAAGGCAAUUUGUGACAGUGUUAUCCAGCUUCAAAAAAAGAUCGAUUCCCAUGAUCACCAGAAAUUCGACUCGAAUUUGGUUGCGCGAGAAAUUGAGGAGCCUUUGGCCACUCUACAUUACAAAGUACGCGCUCUCCGAACCAUCGACGAUAUAUACGUCCAGGCCACCGCACGAUCGAUAGAACUGGUACUCUAUCUUCUCUGGCCCUCCCAGUCUGGAGCUCAUUUGACUCUUCUUGCUGGUGAACUGAAAGAAGCAAUAUGUCUGUUUCCGAUUCAAGGCUGCUCCUAUAUGAACCUUACUUCCUUUCAACUUAUGAUUGGAGCUAUUGCUGCAGAUGAAAACUCGCCCACGAGGGCGUGGUUCUUUGACAGAAUGGCAAGGGAGGCGCGGGCGUUGAGAUUACGUGGCUGGAACGAACCUUUAAGCCUGUUGCAAGAUAGGAACAUGCCGGCUGGGGGCCUGACGAGGCAGAUCCAAGCACUCUGGAAGGAAUUAUGCCACUGA